AUGGCUCUAAAGGCGCUGACAUGGAGGUCAUUUGCCGUUGGUCUGCUUCUGCUCAAGUUGCUCCAUCUGUGCCCUGCAACUGACACGCCCCAGCAAACUCUGGCAGAUUGUUUGGAGGACAACGACUAUGAUAAGUUGCUAGACACUGUGAAAAAUGGCCUCCCACACAUUAACACACCCCAUCAUGUUGUAAUUGUUGGAGCGGGCGCGGCGGGACUGACAGCUGCCAAGCUACUGCAAGACGCAGGACACGAGGUAACUAUUGUAGAGGCCAGUGGUCGUGUUGGAGGACGAGUGGAGACCUACAGGAAUGAAGAAGAGGGCUGGUACGCUGAGUUGGGGGCCAUGAGGAUCCCAAGUUCCCACCACAUUGUCCUCUGGUUUGCUAAAGAACUUGGGAUCAAGCUGAAUGAGUUCAUCAUGGAUGACAUGAACACCUUUUACUUGAUCCAUGGGCUGAGAAAGAGGACUUACGAAGUGAAAGAAGACCCGGACAUCCUGAAGUACAAUGUGACAGACAGUGAGCGAGGAAAGUCAGCCGACCAGCUGCUACAGGACUCCUUAAAGAAGGUGAGAGAUGAAGUGAGGAAAAAUGGCUGCAAAGCAGCCCUUCUCAAAUAUGAUCGCUACUCCGUCAAGGAGUAUCUGAUAGAGGAAGGUGGUUUGAGCUCAGGAGCUCUGGAGAUGAUUGGAGACUUGCUCAACGAACAGAGCCUCAUGUAUCUUGCAUUGAGUGAGAUGAUAUACGACCAGACUGACAUCAACGAUGACGUAAAGUACUAUGAAGUCACCGGAGGGACAGAUCUCUUGACCACAGCCUUCCUCGAUGUCCUCGAUGUCCCCAUCCUCCUUAACUCUACAGUGAAACGAAUCAGCCAUUCAGAAGAAGGAGUAGUUGUAUCCUAUCAGUCAGGUGACCAGUCGUCUCUGACAGAUCUAUCUGCUGACACUGUCCUGGUAACUACCACAGCUAAAGCAGCCCUUUAUAUGGACUUUCAACCACCGCUCUCUGAAAAUAAGAUGGAUGCCCUGAGGUGGGUCCACUAUGACAGCUCCACUAAAAUCCUCCUCACAUUCAGUAAGAAGUUCUGGGAGGAGGACGGCAUCAGAGGAGGGAAGAGCGUCACAGAUGGACCGUCUCGUUUCAUCUACUAUCCCAGCCACAGCUUCCCCGACAAUGAGAACAUCGGGGUCCUGCUGGCGUCCUACACCUGGUCUGAUGACUCCCUCCUCUUCUUGGGUGCAAGUGAUGAAGAACUGAAGGAUAUGGCUCUGAGAGAUUUGGAGAAGAUCCAUGGUAGUCAUGUCAGGGAUCUGUGCACAGGGGUGCUUGUAAAGAAGUGGAGUACAGACCCUUACAGCUAUGGUGCCUAUGCUCUUCUUGCACCCUACCAGCAUGUAGAGUACGCAAGGGAGCUCUUCAGAAAUGAAGGCAGGGUUUACUUUGCUGGAGAACACACGGCGUUCCCACAUGCUUGGAUCGAGGCAGCCAUGAAAUCUGCUAUAAGAGCUGCUACCAAAAUUAACGAUGAGGUGCAGAAAGAGUCUUUAGAAACUCAACAAAGAGAUGAGCUGUAA